ACAAAAAAAAAAAGGAAAACUUUUGUUGGGAUCAAUUUGCUAUUGACUCUUCUUCUGUGUCGCUGAUUACUUGUUACUGCCUUCCAACCAUUUUCCUCUUCCUCUUCAUCUUCCACCAUCCGCCUGUUUCUGAACUGUCUUUGGACUCAACAACCCUUCUUCCAUUUCCCUCUAACUACCUCUCUCCAAAUUGCUUGCUGCAAAAAAAAGCAAAAACUACAGCUUUAUAUGUAAUCUGCUGCCAUGUGCGGUGGAGCUAUAAUUUCCGAUCUCAUUCCGCCCGUCAGCCGCACUUCGCGCCGCCUCACGGCCGAUUUGCUCUGGGGCACCCCCACCUCCAAGAAAAAGAAUAUCCCUGGUUAUUAUCAUUCCAAGCCCAUCCUUCAUCUCGACCAUGAUUUCGAGGCUGAUUUCCAGGAGUUCAAGAAUUACUCCGACCAUGAGGAAGAAGACGACUUCGGUGAUAAAAUGCCCUUUCUCUAUGCUUCCAAGAAUACUUGUUUGAAAGGUUUGAGCUCAAUAGAUUCUGAUGAAGAUGCUGAAAACUCCUCAAAGAGAAAGAGGAAGAAUCAAUACAGAGGAAUCCGUCAGCGCCCCUGGGGGAAAUGGGCUGCUGAGAUUCGUGAUCCAACAAAGGGAGUUCGUGUAUGGCUUGGCACCUACAACACUGCUGAGGAAGCGGCACGAGCUUACGAUGCUGAGGCUCGAAGAAUUAGGGGGAACAAAGCUAAGGUUAACUUUCCUGAAGAUACUCCCCCACCGGCCUCAAGGCGAACAGUUAAGGUGAGUUCACAUAAAGUGCCUCAUAUGGAGAAUCAAGAUUCAGUUCGCCCCAACAUGAAUGAAAAUAUGGAUUUCACUAAUGUACUGAAUGGCGAGCAUUAUGAUUCCUUCGAUUUCCUGGAAGAGAAACCCCAACUGCUGCAGUAUGGGUCGAGUGAUGCAUACAACAAAGCUGGAAAUAUCACGAUGAAACCAUUCGCCCCCAACGAAGGGACAAAUGUUUACUUUAGCUCUGAUCAGGGAAGCAAUUCUUUUGACUGCUCAGACUUUGCUUGGGGCGAGAAUUGUGCCAAGACUCCUGAAAUAUCAUCCGUUUUCUCAGCAAUUGUCGAGGAUGAUCAAUCCCAUUUCAUGGAGGAUGUUGUCCCUGCGAAGAAAGCAAAGCUAAGCUCUGAAGAGGGAGUUCCUGUCAACAACGAGAUUGCCAUGAAUGAGAUGUCUGACAAUCCCUCUGCAUUAGACUCCCAGAUGAAGUUCUUUCAGAUGCCGUAUCUUGAGAACACCUGGGAUGCUUCAAUUGAGGCCUUUCUUAAUGGAGAUGCAACUCAAGAUGUCUCCAAUCCAGUGAAUCUUUGGUGUUUCGAUGAUGUCCAGGCUAUGCUUGGCGGUGUCUACUGAGUGUGUUUGCUGCAGCGAUCAUUGUGACAAACAAUAAGAUAAUAAAGAAUGCUCAAGUUUGAGCCAUGGAUGGGUUUCCAUACUAUAUCUCAGGUUAUUGAGCAGAAUCCGUUUGGUGAUUGUGUUUGAUUUGUGAUGUAGACUCUUUUUAACUUUGGGAGGAUAAUGGAGACGAUGAUGAUGUGUGUGUGUGUAAUGUUGUUGUAUGAGAACAUUAUUAUAGUACGCUUCUGUGAAAUCCUAUUAUUAUUAUUAUUAUAGUUUUAAAUUAGACUUUA